AUGAUGACCCUGGAAGGAAGAAGCUUCCAGGUUUAUCCGGUCUGUGUGCAGGCAGUGCCUUCUCUGGAAAAACUUGCUCUUGCACUUUUUGCACUUUUUACACUUUUCAAGCAAAAUGACGAAACUCCAACAUCAGUACCUCAGUUGUGCCUCGGUUUUUUUCAGCCUCCAGUGUGUCGGCCUGAAGCCAGUAAAACAGCAAACAGCAAGAGCAGUGAUGCUGUUGCCUUGUCUGUAUUUUUCUUUUCAUUCUUUGCUGUAGCCCCUUUUCAAACCCCGCUUCCCAACACUUCGACACAUGAUAUUUUUUUCGAGCUAAUUCAACUUUUAUUGCUAGCGUUCGUCCGAAGACACGCAGUAACGUGGCACAGCCAGCCCCAAUGUAUUAGCAGAUGGAUCCACAUGUCUGUGAUCUUGUGGGCCUCGCCAAAAACCAAUCUUUUUUUCCUGGGGACUAGUGGUAGUUAUAGGCUGGGCCCAGAUUGGGAUAUGCGCUUGUGGGUUUCACGGGUGCGGGUGAUUUGGCAGUCUCAAAUAUCGCACGCCCCGUUCCCACAAGCGCAUAUUCCUGUCAGGCAGGAUAAUUUCGAUAAGAGCCACCAAAGGCCUGGGUCGGGAGCGGAACACACAAAAUAUGUGGCAAAAGGCCUAUGUCCUUGUUUUUAA